CCACCUGACGAUAUAAAGCAGUUUUCCGCAUCAGCCGGCAUUGAUCGUCUCUCCUCCCUGCAGACAAGCACGUAAAAACAUCUCUUAAUGACUUUUGUCGAAUAUUCUGUCACAUCAAGCCUGUUUAAAGACCUGAACCUUGAAGACAAACACCGAGGACAGCAGACUGCGCAGAGGAUCAACAUUUAGUCCGGGAUGGCCUUAAAGGUCUACAUUUGUGAACGGUGAGCCAGUUGUCAUGGAUAAUGAGGAAAAAUGAAGUGAUCUACGGUUGUGAAGAAGGAACCAACGCUGUUAUGGCAGAUCAAGGGGAAAAGAAGAGUCAGGAGGAGGACCUGUCACCUGACAUCAAGGAUUGGAGUAAACAUCAAGUGAGAGAAUGGGCUCUGAAGGUGAACGGUGUGGAUGAAGGAGUUGCAGAAAUACUGUUUCUGCAGGACAUUAAUGGGCCUAGUCUUUUGAUUUUAGAAACAACAGACUUACCUGCAAUGGGUGUGACUUUUGGACCUGCAAAACUUAUCAUUCAUGCCAGAGAUGAGUUAGUGAAGUUAAAGAAAGAGGAACCAACAAGUUUUAGAAACCAACCUGGAAGACCCUGCAAGCCCUAUCCAUUUUAUAGGUACCAUGAUACGUAUAGAUACAUGGAGAGCAGCAUUCUUGAUAUUACAGAAUCAGGUGCCUCAGACUUCAUUGAACCCUGCCAUGAGUAUAAAGGUUUCACAAAUACAACAGAUGAAACUAAAAUGAGCAAGUUCACUGAUGAGGUUAUUCGCUUUGCAGCUGCCUGCAUGAAUAGCCGCACCAAUGGCACCAUACAUUUUGGUAUAGGGGACAAGCCAGAGUUCACCCAUGGUCAAGUGUUGGGAGUGGCUGUUGAGGACAAAGAGGCUUAUGCAAAUGAACUAAAAUCUGCCAUUGAUGGCUGUUUUCAGUAUAAACACAAACAGGCUGCUCAAAUGUGCAUCAAACCUCCUCGAUUUGUUGGUGUUCUCAAUAAGAAUAUGACAUCAUCUGACAAAUAUGUGAUAGAAGUAGACAUAGUUCCCGAGUCUGUGAUCUGUGAAGAAAACAUCUAUCAGACUUCCAACGUGGACACAAAAAAAGCCAAGAAAAAAGCAAAAGGUAGAGAAGCAGACAAGACUGAAACAAAACCCUCAAAGCAAUUCUAUGUCCGAGAUGGCGGUAGCAGCAGGAAUCUCCUCGCAACAACCACAUUUGCCAAACCCAUGGAAGAGUACAACCAGUUUGUUGACAGUGUGGCACAACGAUCACAACUCCGAAAACAAGCCGAAGAGAAGCACCUCAGUGUGAUCAAAAGCAGUAAUCAAGGCUCUAGAUUAAGUCAGAUGAUAACUGGUGGAUCCCUCUCUUUAGACAAGUCACACUUUGAGUGUUAUGUAAUAGUAACUAACAAGUCACAUUCAAUCCAGUUGGAAUCACUGGGAUUUCUUGUAGAACUCAACCCAACAGCUGUUUUGGACUUUGAUCCAGAAUCAGCUGAAUGUGGAUUGCAGAAGCACUUUGAACAGCAGAGUACAGUAAGUGUCCAUUUACCAGCACAGUAUAAAAUCACAGAGGGUGUUGAGGACAUUGCAAACAAGUUGAAAUUGACUCGAAACACCAGCUGGGUAUUCUGCAAUGGCGGUAUCAAGGAUGAGGCACCUUCAGAUAUAGAUGAGUGGUUGAUGGACAAGGGAGCCUCCAUUCGAGAUGUGAUUUCAUUCUUGUGCCGGAAAGAUGUGCUUCCAAACAAGAGAUUCCUUGUCAUUUUCUUACUUUUGUCAACAGUUAGUGAGAAGAUGGACCCACUUGUUGAGACUUUCAGUACAUUCUCACAGGAGCUCAGAGGCACAGAGCAAAUCCUUUGUAUCUGUGACAAUGAAAAUGCAUUUACGUCCUGGAAGGACCUAAUUAAGGCUCGCUGUGGAAAUGACAUCUCUGGUAGAUGCAUAUAUGAACUCAACUUUGCUGAAGUCAAUGGCACUGUCCUUAGUCUUUUGUCAAAAAAUCGUAGAUCCAGCCGAUUCCUACCCUGUGGUGGGGGGAGCCAAGUGCUUCUGGAGAAGAAAGUGGAGCGUAGCCUGAGUACUUUAGAGAUCCUAUGCAUGAACCAAUGUGAAGGAGGAAAUGAGGACAAAAUUGCUAUUGAGGAGAACUUCUACAAAGGAGGAAAAGUGUCCUGGUGGAAUUUCUAUUUCUCAGAGCAGCCUGGAUCCACACCGUUCAUUAAACGAGACAAGUUUGACUUCAUAAUGAACACAGUGAUACCAGAUUUGUGCUCCCUGAGAAAAGCCUGUGUGUUGUUCAACCUCAUGCAUGUACCUGGAUGUGGUGGGACAACUUUGGCCAUGCAUAUGUUAUGGGCUCUCCGGGACAGAUACCGUUGUGCGGUCCUUAGAGACAGCAACGCAGACUUUGCUGAAGUAGCCGAGCAAGUGGUAAAACUUUUAAUGUAUGACCAUGAGGAGCAAUUACCACGGGUCCCUCUUUUGCUGAUGAUAGAUGACUUUGAUGAUAUGGAAAAAGUGAGUGACUUGCAGCAACUCAUUGAAAAAGAAUGCGUGAAGAAAGACAUUCAGUCUAAGUCUGCACAGGUAAUUCUCCUCAACUGCAUGAGGUCAGAGUCCUCUGAACUGACUGAAUCAACUGAGGACACCGUGUUCAUUGGAAAUAAGCUGUCUGAAAUGGAGCAGAAACAGUUUGAGCAAAAACUUGUAGAAAUAGAGAAAACACACAAGAAUGCUGAAACGUUCUAUGGUUUCAUGAUCAUGAAGAAGAACUUUAAACAAGAGUAUAUUCAGGGUGUGGUCCGCAAUACCCUGAAGAGCUUCAACAAGAAUCAGAAACAUGCACAACUCCUGGCUGUUUUAGUUCUGUUGAAUGUGUACUGCAAGAGUGCCUCUCUCUCUGUCUCUCUGUGUGAGGAAUUCCUUGGUCUACAACCCAAACCAUUUUGUGGAACCAUCAAAGUUGAAGAAGGAUUUGGAAAAUUUUCCACUUUGAUUGCCAGCAGCUCAGUUGAGAGUAAGGUUGUACACAAGGCUGUGACAAUGAUCCAUUCAAGUAUUGCAAGGCAGUGUUUGCAGGAACUUACAACAACACACACCAUGAGCAAAGCUGAGAUUACCGACCUUCUGCUGACCACAGACAAGCUUUAUGAAAGCACACAAGGCAAAGACAAACUCCUGCGAGAUGUUCACCACAUUUUGGUGAAGAGAUAUUAUUCAGCGGAGGAGGAAUCUCAGUUCUCUCCACUAAUUCAAGACAUCGCAAGUGAAACGCCAGGACAAGAAGAGAUGAUACUAUUGAGUGCAUCAAAAAGAUUUGACAAAGAUGCCGUCGUCUCUCAGUUACUAGCCAGGUACUAUUACCUGAAAAAGAAGGAUUUCUCAGAGGCAAAAGAUUGGGCACGCAGUGCAAGAGAUCUUUCUAAAGAUAGCUCAUACAUGGCAGACACAUCAGCACAAGUUAUCAAGCAUGAACUGAAGAAUGCCAUUGCAAACUGCAAGGAAGAGCCUAUUACUGCUGACAAGUUGAACAUGUUUCUCAAAGUGGCUCAGUCAGCAAUAGAUGCAUUCAAGGAAACACAGAGCCUUGCAAAGAAAGAGUCAAUGCAGCGACUACAAUCCAAGAUGGACAACUGCCCUUUUAAUACAUCAGGGUGUCUGGGAGAAAUUCAGGUAGGAGUACUUCUCAUUGAAGUACUGGGAAAGACACCUGUAUUUUCCUCAGAAAAUGUCCGCCAUGACAUAAUGAGUAGGGUUCUGUCUGGAGAUAUUAAACUUCAGGAUGCAGAGAGACAUGAUCCAAGGAAUACCAAACACAGGACUUACUACAUCAUGCUCAGACAGUUUGAGGAUGUACUUUACAACCUCAAAUAUAGGAUGAAGAUGAACUUCGACUUCCUUGACAAUUUCUACGUGAACUUGGGUUCCAGAUCUGGGAUGAAGGACAGUCGGGAACAAGUAGCCCAAAAUGAGCUUUUCAGAUGUUUCAGACAGUAUGUAAAUCUUUUCUGCAAGACAGAUUCUGCAUCUCUUUUGAAGAAUAAAACCUUGUGUAACAUGCUGCAACUACUGGAAGCAAGACAAUUCCUGGAGAAGCAAAAAGCUGAUACCUACUGUGGGAUUCUGAAUUGUCUCUCAAUUGACACCUCAGCUGAAAAGUUGGAGAAGAUUGUCAGAAUGUAUGAUUUUGUUGGUGCAUCUAAGACUGUGAAGGAGAAGAUCAACUACAUCUAUGUCAAUGUUGUGUUGAGUCGUAUCAAACUGGAAUCAACACGCAUUCAGCCAUUCCAGAAACUAAUUGGUCUCCUUUUGCAAGUCCAGCGUGAGCAAAUUCCAUUGAGUGAAAAUUUGUCACUGCUCUUCAUUGCAGUUGUGUUGUUGUGGCCACAGGAGAACGGUCCACCAUGUAGAGGUUUAGGGAAGUACAUCUCACAGAUGAGGACAUCUUAUUACACAGAGAUGAAGGAAGUGUACAAUGGCAAGAGGCCCAUUGUCCAUUUCUUCCUGGGGAAGAAGCGGGGCUAUGAAAGACUGGUACACCUUGGGGAAAUCAAACGGUGCUGCAUGGCUGAGGAGGGUCAGUUUAUCUCCAUGUGGGAAAAUGGCAAGCUAUGGAAAGAGAAGAAGGUGGAGGAGCUCCUUUGCAGAGUCACUGGCAAGGUGAAGGGCAAGUUCAUACUGGCAGAUACUUGUAUCCCAGAUCUGAAGGUUGAAGUCACUCCAAUGUUUCGAUGGCAGCUUAGCGGGUAUGGCGAGGGGUCAAAAGUGUCCUUCUUAAUUGGCUUUUCGAUGAGAGGCCCUCUUGCACUUGACAUUAACUAAAGCUUGAAAGCAGCCUUGUGUACAAGUAACUCAAAACUGACUGAGAUACUUGUAAUUGUGAUGUUACAUUACAUUUUUGUAUGUUUCUUUGGCUCUGUGCAUUACAUUGAUGCUACUUUUUGUAAAGGAAAAUAUAAAGUAUAACCUUAAAAGUUGCAAUACAUGACAUUCAGCCACUAGAUGUCUCACUAUAGCACCAACAUCUCAGACUAAAACAAAUGUGUCAUUUACUCAAUAAUGUUUGGAAAAAAAAGCUGACAACUCACGAAACUAGGUCAAACUAGGUAGAGCUGAUCAAAUAUGGAUUAAGAUUCAGUUACUGUAUUGCCUAUUUCUUGGCUCUAAUGCUUUCAGAAACAUAUUUUAGUGUACUGUUUAGCUGUAAUUUGACAAAGUUUGUGACGCGGCUGCCAUCUUGGAAACAGAUGCAGAGGACAUGGAGGGACUCACAUGCACUAACAUGCACGCAUGUCUACCAAAACAAAGAACAGAGAAGCUCAGAUAAAAACACACAGAGGGAGUGUGACUUCAUUCACUGGUAAGGACACCAUUACUCUGCGAUAUCUCAACAUAGCAAAUAGUUGUUUUCUGACAACUAAUAGGGCUAAAUAUCAUUUAUUGCAACUUUAAAUCAAAACUCUUAAAAGGGCUUGGAUUCAAAUUUGUAAAUCAAUGUAAAUAUUGAAGUGGUUUUUAAAUAAUGAAAAAUGUUUCAUAUGAAAUUAUCUGACAUUUGAAAAAGUAUUCAACUAUUCAUGAGGUAUUCAACUGUUAAUGUGUAAGCAGUGUAAUCAUAUCGUUCUAUAAAAUGAAAUAAUCUUCAUCAUUGAUUCUAUGAUACAUUUACUUUUGGAUAAAAAUAGUGUACUUGAACAUCUAUGUAAGAAUUUGCAAUGUUUUAUGUAUAUUUUACCUUUGAACCUGCAUGUUACAUUAUUGAUACAACUACUGUGAUUUGCAGAACAGUGUCUUACAUACAGUGUCUCUCUUGUACUUAAUAUAUUUUCAAGUACUGAAUAUUGAAAUUUAGAUAUUUUUAAUGUUUGUUCAUAAACUGAUCUGAUGUUUGAAAUGCAAGCCUUUACCUUUGUCAUUAUGUAUUACAUUACUUGAGCAAUUUUGUUUUAAACAGUUUGUUUUUUGCAUUCCAUGAAAAACAAUAAUGAACAUUUUUUUGCAAUACUUUUACUUUCUAAUAAAGAUGUACUGUAACAUUAC